AUGUUGAUCAACAGAUCAAGUAUUCUGAUGAUCGAAUACGAUUUAGAUUUGCUCCUUUGCUUAUUCUAUAUCCGAAGCGUGUUUUGGAGCAGCGUUUGCUACUUUGGAGGCAGCUUUGACCCGCCGACGUAUGGGCACAUGCUGAGCGCUGCUGGGGCGGUGGACUCUGGCGCAGCGGACGAAGUGUGGCUAAGCCCCUGCGGCGGGGACCCUGCGCCGUUGAACGAAUUCGGCGCUCCUACAGAAAACUCCCUGAACCAUGCGGAAGUCCCGCAGAACUCAGCCGGAGCCAGAGACGUCUGUGCACGCGAAAACCGAGAGACUGGCGGGCACGUGUCAGGGGAGGGCCCGGAUCUAUGUGGGAUGCGUCCAGGGUUUACAGACCCGCCGGCCGCAGAGGGCGAACGACCCAGCGCGGGAAGUUCGCAUUCCGCAUUCAAAGUGAGACCCGACAAGGUCUUAAAAACCCCCGCCGCGCUGCGACUCGAAAUGACGCGCUUCGCGGUUGCUCACUUCUUCGGUUCCGGAGAGCAACGAAGAUGCCCCGUCCGGGUCCUCGAGUGGGAGGCGCUGACGGCGGGCUACACUCCGACGUUCAAGGUUCUGAAGAGGCUAGAAGCAGAGCAUCCAGACUGCGAGUUUUCUAUCCUAAUCGGCGAAGAUAUUCUCCCAAACCUCUCCAAGUGGUACAACGCUCCUGGUUUGAUUGCGGAGUACGCGUUUCUGAUUCUUCCAAGGAGUUCUUCAGCACAUCACAUGCCCCUCCUCUUCUCAUCGGGUACAUGCACGUCUGAGAAGGCUUCAGCGGCCGCGCAAAAUUUGCGCCAGCUUGCUGACUCGCCUGCAAGGGGGUCCACGACUCCGCAGGAGGCUCCUGCUGACGCGCCGCGUGACUCUGUAACUUCUUCGUGCCUGGUGAGUGCAGCGCCGCCCUCCGCCAGCGCAGCGUCGCUAGACGAGUCUCCACAGCCCUCGUCAAACACUGUGGAGGCCUGUCAGCGUGGCGAGGGACGGGAAUGCCGAUGUUUAGCAUGCACCAGCUCAGCGGCUGCCGCAGCUGAGGCGAAGCUCCAAGCCGACAUCGAAUGCGCGUUGAAGCGACUCAAGCGAGCUGACUACGUCGACCAGCUGUGUAUGCAGCGGGGCCGGCCCUAUUUCCCGUGGCCUGCCUCUUCAAGCUACGUUAGACAGCUGCUUAGCACGCGACGUGAGCGCCCGACAGCGCUGAUUCACUGCAGUGCGCUUAUUGCGCCAGCAGUGUGUGCUUUUAUCGAGCGCCACGGCCUUUACGCGCCUCAGUGA